AGACAAACCGUGCAACUAUUUACUUCAGAUCGUGUACGCGACUCAACCGAACGGGAUGAUCUCGCAUCUCAUCCCUUCCACUCCACUCCUCUUACCAAGGCAAUGCGCUUCAAAGGUCAAAUCAAGAAUGUAAACCUUUUUGCAAGUACACAAAGCACCAUGAAACACCAUCAUAUCCCCAAACCAAACUGACACAUCAACAGAGUUCUGCGCCUCUCUAGCAUCCCUCGGUCAAAUCGCCUGGUGUCGUCUCAAUGACGACGAUGUCCAGUUCACCAUUGUCCCCGACCGGGGUAGUCAAGUGUGGUCCGUCUUGAGGAUUGAGACUGUGUUUGACACAUACAUCAUCCAAGCUGCUGCCGAAAGAAACACCAUCAACCUCGAGGUUCCUAUUCAAGCCCUAUCACGAGCCCUCCGAUCGGCAUAUGGCGCCACAUCCACCCAACUGCGGCUGACCAAAAAGGACAAUGUUCCCAUGCUGUCCUUGACCAUUGUCACAAAUACUUUCAGCAGCGGAAACAACGUUGUAGCCCUUCCUUCUAGAGAGGUUGACGACCUAGGCGACUUUGACCUCGACCCUGACCACGAUGUGUCUGCAGCGUACGAAAGCCGCAAUACAGCGAGGGAGAGGGAAACGAUCAUAACACAAGACAUCCCCGUCAAAGUACUGUCGAUGGAAGUGGUGGAGCGGAUCCAUCAGCCCAGGACCCCAGAACCGGACGUCAACAUUUGUCUACCUCCUCUGGCACAAAUCAAGACGAUAUCGGAUCGAUUUACCCGCCUAGCACUGGCGACGUCCAAGAGCUCCGCCAACGCCGGCCCUCGCUUGGAACUUAGCGCCAAUAUGCACGGCUCGCUCAAGAUAUCAGUCAAGACCGAUGCUCUCAACAUCACGAGUCGCUGGACCGGCCUGUCCAACCCAGAACUGAACCCUGACCAGUUCGAAGAUGGCGAAGAAGGCGUUAGGAACCACCCGAGUACUCGAAUGAAAGAGCUGGGUGGCCCUAAUGGCGAAAACGAAGCGGGCUGGUCCAAGGUUCGCAUUGAUGCCAAAGACUGGUCCAGGGUUUUGAGUGUGGGCAGGGUGAGUGCGAGAGUUAUUGCCUGUUUCAUCAACGAAGGCGGUCUUGUUCUCUACGUCUAUCUCCCAAAUGAUGAUGACGGGAGUGAGGAUGAAUCAUGUCUAACGUAUUAUAUCAGCUCUUUUGCAAGCUGACAUAACCCAGCUUUCCCACACUUCUCAUAUUAUAUCAUAGAUGCUCGAGUCAGCAGUGACCCCUAAUGAAUGUAUGAAUGACGA